AUGUCGUAUACAGCUGGUACGAUCAUUUAUGCAAAGGUGAAGGGAUUUCCCUGGUGGCCGGCAAGAAUCGAGGCGGAGUCGUCGCUUCCCUCAAAUGUACUCGCAAGAAGGCCAAAAGGGACAAAGCCUGUAUAUGGAGUAAGGGAGGCUUUGGACCCUUCCUCCUUCGAUGACCCCAUGGAAGAAGAUGCGGGCAACGAAGAACUAGCACCGGAUAACGAUGCUGAGAUGACGGAAGCAAAUGAUAAUCAAAACGAAACCACAGAAAAUGACGCAAAACCCAAGGCCCGCGGAAGGGGCACUAAUAAAAGCAAAAAAAUUGCUCCGCCAACUCCCGCAAGAACAACCGAACGUCGCACGAAGUCAAAGCGAAAAACUCGCGACUAUUCAUCCGGUGAAGAUGAUGCCGUAAGCCGUGAUAUUAAAAUUGGUAAGAAACGUAGAACGAACUAUGCAUCAAAUAGGGAUAGUUCUUCGAAGCCCAAGCAAAAGCAAAAUGAACGUUCAGAUUAUGAAGAUGAAAAGAUGGAUAUAGAUGAUGGUGAAGAAGUUGUGAUCGAUAGUGGUGAAGCCAAGACUAAUAACGAUGGUAAAACUAAAGGUGAUGUCAAAACCGAAGAUGUUGCAAAAACUGGUAGUGAAGUUAAGACCGAUGGUGACAUUAAAACUGAUACUGAAGUUAUGACCAAAGGUGAUGUGAAAAUCAAUACUGAUGAUGGUGCAAAGGCUGAUAAUGGUGAAACUCAAACAGAUAUUGAACCUAAGAUCGAAGUUGGAGCAAAGAAGGAACGACGACGACAAACUAAGCAAACUACAACUACAAGAAAAGACACGGAAGCAUCUAAUUUAGGUGUAUCUACAAGAUCUACCAGAAGACGAUUGCAGGAAAACAAUUCGUCUAUCUCUGCGGAAAACUCAUCGUCAAACUCCGAAUCAAAUACUGCAUCAAAUUCUGCGGAUAAUCCCUCAUCAAAUACUGCGGAUAACUCUUCAUUAAAUACUGUAGCAGAUUCAUCAUCGAUCCCAGCGGCAAACUCAUCAUCGAUUUCUAGUGAAAAUUCAUCAUCCAUCUCCGCAACAAACUCAUCAUUAAUCUCAGCUGAAAAUGCAUCAUCAAACUCUGACGUAAACUCUUCAUUAGUCUCUGCAUCAAACUCUGCAUCAGGCUCAGACCAACGACAUGCUGGAGAUGAAAUAACAGCCGAAGAAAAGAAUUCUGACAAUAAGGGUAAUAAAGUAGAAAACGAGGGACCAUCACGCUCAACCAAAUCGCGCACAAAGUCCCCAGCCGAAAGAUUGAAACAUUUGCGACAUAGAAUUCAACGAUUAAUGUUUAGCCCAGUGUCAGAGGAAUCGGACAAAACCAAAGUUGAUGAAGUAUUGACUGAAAUCGAAAACUUUCCAAUCACAAUUCCAUUGUUGAAGGAGACAAAAAUCGGAAAGGUGAUGCGAAAAAUUGCAGAAUUAAAGAUAGAACCCGACCCCUGUGAUAUUACCCAGAGAAGCGAUGAACUUAUUAAAAAGUGGAAGGGUUUGUUAGAGAAUAAUCCUAUCCAAGACGAAGAUGAGACCUCGCCGGCAGAAGAAGAAAAUGUCGCGUCUACUUUAUUGGAAGUAUCUCUUGUCAUGACAGUUAAAGAUUAUUUUGCAAAACAGGACUAUAAGUUCUAUAUAACAGCUUCAGCCACUUUAGUUUUGGCCGGACAUAAAUCGACAAACCGCACAAAAAAGAAUAGAUCAACCGGAACAAGUGAAACGAGUUCUACUGCAGGUAGAGAUAGGACUGUCAAAAAUCGAGAGGAAGAAGCCGAAAUUGAAGAAUUUGAAAAAUAUAACGCAGAACAAAUUAAUGCAUUGCCUAAAGAGAAACGUAAAUCAGCCUCAUUACUUCUCAAAAGCAGAGGAAAUGAUGCAUUUGGUCAUCAGAAUUACGAUACGGCGAUAAGAUUAUAUACACAAGCACUCGUAUUUAAUGAAGAUCCUAUCUUCUAUAACAACAGAGCGGCAUGUUAUUACAAUAAGAAUGAAUUUAACAAGGUCAUCGAAGAUUGUAAUAAUGCGUUGCAAAUGGAUCCUUAUUAUGUGAAAGCGUUAAACAGGCGUGCGAUGGCAUAUGAACAAACGUCAUGUUACGAGGAGUCUUUGCAUGAUUACACGGCAGCUUGUAUUAUCGAUGAAUUUAAAAAUGAAAAUACUGCUGCAUCAAUCGAUCGCCUUUUGAAAAAAGUGGCUAGAAUUAAGGCUCAAGAAAUCAUUAAGAAUCGGAUAAAGCGCUUGCCAUCAACAAAAUUUAUUUCUUUAUAUCUGGAUUCAUUUCGGAAAGAAACAGAAAAGGAUGAAAAAGGUGGAAGUGAUGAACAUGAUGAUUUCUUCAAAUUAGCCGAAAAAUUAAUGAAACAACAACGAUAUCAAGAGGCAAUGAAAGCAUACGAGGAUGCAAUAAAUCUCGAUUGUAAAAAUCUUGCUAAAGCUCUCAAUAUGCGUGGAACAUUCACUUAUCUUAUGGGUGAUUCUCAGAAUGCAUUGGUUGAUUUUCAAAAAGCCCUCGAAUUAAAACCAGAUUAUGUUCAAAUUUAUGUUAAACGUGCUACAAUAUACAUGGAACAAGGUAAUAAGGAUGGUGCAUGGGAAGAAUUUGAAGAGGCGAUCAAAAUCGAUCCAACUGAUCCUGAUAUUUAUUAUCAUAGAGGUCAAGCGGUUAAAGAAUAUCAGCGAAGAAUAGAACUCGACUCCGAUUUCGUCUUUGCUUACAUUCAACUUUCCAUUGCUCAAUACAAAAAUGGUUCUAUCCCGGAAGGGAUGAAAACUUUCCAAAAAGGUCUACAAAAAUUUCCAAAAUCUGCUGAAAUGUAUAAUUACUAUGGAGAAAUGUUAGCUGAUCAAAGACGUCUUGAUGAGGCAAUGGAACAGUUUGACAAGGCUGCCGACUUACAACAAGAAAAUUUUGCAUUGCCUUUUGUCAAUAAAGCAAUGCUUUGUUUUCAUGUAAAAGGUGAUCCAGCUCAAGCUGAAGAAAUUUGUCGUCGAGCUCUGGAAAUCGAACCUGAAAGUGAUAUUGCUAACACAAUUAUGAGUGAAAUACUACUCGCUAGAGGGAAUUUGGAGCUUGCAUUAAGAUAUCUUGAAAAAUAUCAAGAAGUAGCACGCACUGAGGCAGAGCUUCAAGGAAUUUUGGAGUAUGCGGAGGCCGCGCGAUCUCAUAUCACGUUCAAGGAAAGAUAUCCCCAAUUGGCUGAUCGAUUGGAUAUUUAUUCAGAACAAUUUACAUAA